AUUGACAGAAGCAACGGGGAUGUGGCCAUAGAUUCCUACCAUCUCUACAAAGAAGAUGUGCGCCUGUUGAAGGAUAUGGGAAUGGAUGCAUACAGGUUCUCCAUCUCAUGGACAAGGAUUCUUCCAAAUGGAAGUCUGAGCGGUGGCAUCAACAGAGAAGGAAUCAGAUACUACAACAACUUGAUCAAUGAACUCAUGUCGAAAGGGUUACAACCAUUCGUAACCCUUUUCCACUGGGACUCGCCUCAGGCAUUAGAAGACAAAUACGGAGGAUUUCUUAGUCCGAACAUGAUAAAUGACUACAAGGACUACGCUGAAGUAUGCUUCAAAGAGUUUGGUGAUAGAGUGAAACACUGGAUAACGUUCAACGAACCUGCACAAUUCUGCUCAAUUGGGUAUGCAUCUGGCAUUGGUGCGCCAGGCCGGUGCUCACCAUGGGAGCAGGGCAAGUGCAGCGCUGGGGAUUCAGGAAGGGAGCCUUACACUGUCUGUCAUCACCAGCUGCUCGCUCAUGGAGAAGCAGUUCGCCUGUACAAAGAGAAGUACCAGGCUGUCCAAAGAGGGAAAAUCGGAGUAACAUUAGUCUCCCUAUGGUUUCUUCCUUUGUCCCCAUCCAAAUCCAAUGAGGAUGCAGUGACACGUGCUUUAGAUUUCAUGCUUGGAUGGUUUAUGGACCCACUUGUUGGAGGUGACUACCCGCUCAGCAUGAGAAGAUUGGUGGGAAAUCGCUUGCCGCGAUUCACAAAGGAACAAUCUAAGCUACUCAAGGGUGCAUUCGAUUUCAUCGGACUCAACUACUACACCACAUACUAUGCUGCUAGCCUUCCUCCAUCAUCAAAUGGCCUCUACAGUAGUAACACUGAUAAUCAAGCUAAUCUUUCUGGCAUUCGAAAUGGUGUGCCCAUAGGUCCUCAGGCUGCUUCGUCUUGGCUCUUCAUGUACCCUCAAGGCUUUCGCGAGCUUCUACUUUAUAUGAAGAAAAACUAUGGCAACCCUGCUAUCUACAUCACUGAAAAUGGUAACUUUAUUAGAUUUGACUUUUCUUCAAUUCAUAGGGAUGGAGCAAACGUGAAAGCAUACUUUGCAUGGUCGUUGAUGGACAACUUCGAGUGGGUGAAUGGCUACACGCUGAUCACCACGUCGCUGUCUCAAUCUCAGCUGUCCAGUCAAGACCUCCCGGCUCUCAUCAAGAUCAGGGAGCAGCUCGGCAACCCGGACGCGCUCGCAGGAUGGCGGCCCGGCACGCUCUGCUGGGCGUGGUGGCCCGCGGCCUGCAACGAGCAGGGCCGUGUCACCAAGCUCUUCCUCGAGCGACCAAUCAACAUCACGUCCGCGCUGCCGCCGGCGAUCGGCUUGCUCGACCAGCUGGAGACGCUCAGCAUCCUCGAGAUGCCGGGCCUGCACGGCCCCAUCCCGGACUCCUUCUGCAACCUCUCGCACCUCUCCAUCUUCAACCUCAUGGUCACCUCCGUGUCGGGCCCCAUCCCGGCGUGCCUCUACCGCACCAACCUCACCUCCGUCAGCUUCUACCGCAGCAAGCUCAACGGUACGAUCCCCAGGUCGCUGUGGAAGCUCCCGUACUUCACCUCCUUCGACGCCGCCUACAACGACUUGGUCGGGCCCAUCCCGCCGCUGCUGGUGCACGGCGGCAAGCCCGACCGGCCGUUGGUCCUGAUGCUGGACGGCAACCGGCUCACCGGAACUAUCCCCUGGACUUUCGCGCUCGAGAGGCACAUGCUGGAGUUCAGGGUGGCCAACAACAAGCUCACCGGCGACCCGUCGUUCCUCUUCGGGCGGCGCAAGGUGGUGACCGGCACCAUCGACCUGUCCGGGAACAAUUUCCGGUUCAACCUCACCGGCGUGGAGAUGCCGAUGCAGCUGUCUUUCCUGAACCUGAGCCACAACCGGAUCUACGGCGGCGUGCCGGUGUCGCUCCGGGACACCAGGGUGUCGAUUCUGGACCUCAGCUACAACGACCUCUGCGGGGAGAUACCUACCGGCGGGCACAUGGUGCAGUUCAAGGCGGCGGCGUACGAGCACAACAAGUGCCUGUGUGGGACACCAUUGCCGCCCUGCAGGAAUUAA